AUGGCUCCAACCUUUUUCAACUUUCAGGUUUCUCCUUCUUUCCCAAUCUCUAAAACUAUUAUAACUAAUCAUUCUCACUCCCUCAAGAACUUGAAGAAUCCGAGCUUAAACUCGCGAUGCCCUUUCUUGAUUAAUCGAAUCCGAUGCUCAGCUUCAUCCGACAGUGUCGGCAACACCUUAAGAACUUGCAUGAAUUGCAAAACCCAAUUCGAUCCCAUACUCAACCAUCCACAAGCUUGCAGAUUCCACACUGCUCAUUUCGGAGGAGAGACGAAGAGGAAGUUCGAGAGUGUAUACACUGGCGGGACGAUGGAUACACCAAACUCUGGGAAAGUUUUACAGUAUUGGCAUUGUUGUGGUUCUGAAGAUCCCUUUGAUCCUGGUUGUACUGCUUCCCCUCACUCCACAUAUGAUGAUUGA